AUGUUGCUUGCACCGCGCAGGGACAUCUCGUCCAAUGGGGCGGUGACCUCCCCCGGCCCCUCUGUGGACCUGGCCCGCAAGCGGCCCCGGCGCCGAUCUCGCCGGUGGGUCGACCCUCGCAGCGCGCUGAUGGCAUUCGCCCUGCUCUGCUGCCUGGGGACCAUGGUCUUCGUGUACCUGCACACCGUCGGGCUGCGAGGGUCCCUCCCCUGA